UCUUUCCUCAUUCUGUCGUCAGAGGACAAGCUAAGAGAGAUCGAAGUGAAGAUGUCAAAAGAAGAGGUUGUUCUUUUAGACUUCUGGGCUAGCCCCUUCUGUGGUAGGGUAAAGAUUGCACUGGCUGAGAAAGGUGUGGAAUAUGAAAAUAGAGAAGAGGAUGUGUUGGGUAGCAAGAGUGAGUUGUUGCUCAAUUCAAACCCUAUCCACAAAAAGGUUCCUGUGUUGUUACAUAAUGGAAAGCCUGUGUGUGAGUCCACUGUCAUAGUUAAUUAUAUUGAUGAGGCCUGGCCUUCUCCACCAUUGCUCCCAACUUGUCCAUAUGAGCGAGCUCGAGCCCGGUUCUGGGGGGACUUCAUUGACAAGAAGAUAUUUGAAGGAGGCGCCAAGAUAUGGGGAAGCAAAGGAGAGGCACUAGAGGUCGGUAAGAAGGAUUUCAUAGAGAUUUUGAAGCAGCUAGAGGGAACUUUGGGGGAGAAGGAUUUCUUUUGUGGUGACAACUUUGGAUUUGUUGACAUUCUAUUGAUCCCUUUGACCACCUGGUUCUACGCUUAUGAGAAAUUUGGGGGUUUUAAGGUUGAGGAUGAGUGUCCCAAGUUCUCAGUUUGGGUGAAAAGAUGCAUGCAAAGAGAGAGCGUGGCAAAAGCUCUUCCAGAGCCAGAGAAGGUCUAUGAGGCUGUCGUUAUGUUGAGAAAGAUGAAUGGCAUUGAGUAG